AGGAAGUAAACUAAAUCGACGUCAGCAAUGGGCCAGUGCAGAGAUCAGAUAGUUUAGUAGAAGCUAUUUAAAACAGUGUAACAAGUCUGGGACCAUGUCCUUUUCUAAAAUGUUAAUUACGUUAAACUGGACGCAUCUGGUCCAUCGUUCAUUAGAACGACUGAUUGCUCAGAGCAGUCUCAGGUUUACUCAACCAAAACACACGUAUCAUUCCCAGCAAAUGAAUCAGACGAGACGAUUGUACAGCACUGGAACUCUUUAUACAAGUAAACUGAUGCGGAACGGAGAUGAGAGAAAGUCAGUUGUGUGCAUAGAAGGGAACAUUGCCAGUGGAAAGACCACCUGCUUGGAAUACUUUAGCAAAACCUGCGAUAUUGAGGUGUUGACAGAACCAAUUUCUAAAUGGAGGAACGUCAGAGGACACAAUCCACUCGGAUUAAUGUACCAGGACCCUCAACGCUGGGGACUAACCCUGCAGACCUACGUGCAGCUGACCAUGCUUGACCAGCACAUCUCACCCAUAAUGUCUCCCGUUCGAAUGAUGGAGAGGUCUAUCUACAGUGCUAAGUACAUAUUUGUAGAAAAUCUCUACAAAAGUGGGAAAAUGCCUGAGGUAGACUUUGCUAUUUUGACUGAGUGGUUUGAAUGGAUUGUGAAGAACAUUGACAUUCCUUUGGAUCUCAUUGUGUAUCUCCAGACCUCUCCCCAGAAGUGCUAUGAGAGACUGAAGAUGAGGUGCAGAGAAGAGGAGAAAGUUAUUCCUUUGGAGUAUUUGGAAGCUGUCCAUCAGAGGUAUGAAGACUGGUUGAUCAAACAGACGCUGUAUAAAGUCCCGGCUCCUGUCCUCGUUAUUCCAGCAGAUCAUGACCUCCAGACAAUGCUGAAACAGUACGAGGAGAACAGAUAUCGGAUACUGACAGCCAGCAACGGGCAGUUCAAAGGACAUAACCUGCAAUAGACUGGGUCCCACAGCACUGCAUAGCUGCAGCAGAAAUAUACAUAGUGGUGGACAAGGGUCUUAAGGAGAGCUAAUGCCCUUUUAUAUGCUAUUUUUUCCUACUGUCCAAAAUCAUGCUCUGGAAACCAUUCUAAUGAGAAGCACCAGCUCACAGGACCUAAAGCAUAACGGCCUUACUGAGCUGGCAGCUUAGCUAACUGAGCAAAACAUGGUGAUAUUACAGGCAAAUUUAUAAAAUCAUGAUUAUUUAUAAACUGCUUAUGUAUCAUUUGCGUAAAUAUGCCAUGGAUGGAGACUUCCAGACAAUUGACGUUUAGUUGAGUAUGUUUUACUCAAGAAAAUACAGCCCAAGAAUGCAUCUAAGUGUGUUAAGACUUGGCAAUGGAAACACAACUGCAGAAUGUUUGAGUCAGACAGCGCCAGUGCACUAAUCUAACCUGUUUACAGGGGCACCGGUUCAGCUACCUUGCCCUUAUUCCACAGCUGUGCUGUUAGAGCAGGAACACAGUAGUGACAUGUAUUGGGGACAACUUCUUGGCAUUGAGACAUGCCAUUUCUUUUAAAAGGACCGCUGUGCUGCAUAUUAUGAAAUAGCUUGAUUGUUUUGCUGCUUAAUCAUUUAGAAAAAAAAUAGAACAUUCUCUGCAGUGUUACUCUUUUUUAGUAACUGAAGCUAGGAAGAUGACAUAUGUCUUGAUCUCAGGGAGAUCUGUCUUGCAUAGUUUAAAACAUUUAGACAACUGGCUAGCAUUUUAUCUUAAUGUUAUCUUAGUGGGGAAUCUCAAGAACUUUUUAUUUAGAGUUUUACUGUUAAAGUAAUUGUAGCUAACAUACUAGUUUCAUACAUUUUCUCCUCCAUGCAUAUCCUUUCAUUAGAUGUGCAGUUUUGAAAAACACAGGGUUUAGCAAACAUACAUUUAAAAAAAAAUGAUCUCUGGUACUGCACUACCUAACCAACCAGCUGCUUCCUCAGUUGACUGGCAGGAUUUCGGCCAGUAAUAUGCUUUGACCCAGAAGAUACGGCUGAGGUGACUCAGGAAGUGGAAAUGCAAUCAGAUAACCCCAAGAAUAAGCCUUAGAAAAGGAGAGCUUCCUUUAACCUAAAGUAGUACCAGAUAUUGUUUUCACUCAAUCCAGACGGUUGUCAUGCUGAUGCGCUGGGGAGACCGCACUGUGGUUGAUCCCCGGAGCCAGCAUCGCAGCCGUUGUGUGUGCUGAUGCGCCAGGGAGGCAAAUAAGCUGAUCCCUGGAGCCAGCAUUACACUUCAGCAAUCAACACCAGACAGAAUGAUAUCUACAUCAUAAUAUGGAAAGAAACGCAAAUGGACAGAGAUACAGAUGGAUCACAUUAGUUUUCUGUAAAGCUACAUCUUAGUUGGCGCUUAUCUUGGCGAGAGCCGAGUUCAAAUCAGCAUGAAGUUUUAACAUCUACUCUUGUGUAAUGGAAAUCAAAUGAAAGUAUAUGUGUUUCUUUCAAAGCUGCACAGUUGAGACCUGUUUAGCCAACGGAAGUGCAAAACAAGUAAGAUUUGUGAAAACAUGUUUUUUUUAGCAACAAUUACUUUAAACAAAUGAUUAAGCUGACCUGGUACUUUCUUGACUAACUAAUGUUUACUGUACUUUUGUACACAGAUAGUAGACUUUUUGUUGUUGGUUUAGACUUUAUUUAUUGUAAUUUGUGAAGAAUAAAGACAUUGUCUGUACACAGUAGAUGUAAACUAUGCAUCCUCUGUGUUGUGUGGACAAGAUUGAUACUGUAGAGUGAAUACAUUCCAAACAUAGUAUUAAGAUGGGUAAAAGAAUACACAUUUUGUCCAAACGAUGAAUCACCAGACUGUAGAAAUAGUCUACCCUAAAACAUUCAGUUAAGUAACUCUUACAUUAAAAAUAAGCUACACAAUACCAAGAUAAGAGCAGAUGUAUUUAUCAUUUUAAAACUGGUUUAUAAAAAUUCUGACUUUUUUUGUCAAGUGUAUGCUUUAUUAUAUUUAAUUUAAAUCAGAUUUAAUUACUGUUUUUUUCUUCCAUAUUAUAGUUACUUCUUACUAAUGAAUACUACUGUAGAAACUAUCUAAUACUCUUGGUUAGUCUCCAAGGUUUAAAUACAUAACAUGUUUGAUAUUUAGAGAUGUGCUUAUCCCAUUGUGAAUAAUCAUGGCUAAGAAAUUGAGGUUACUGAGAGAUAUUAUCUGGAUGUGGUGAUAUGUAGGUACCAGUCUGUCUUUAUUAAUGUUUGCAUGGUAACCUUGAGACAACUGCUGUCAUUUUCACAAAAAAGAAAACAACCCCAAAUUGUGAGCAUCUAUUGCAAGUAUGUCUCCAGCUCAACUGUUCUAUGGAUUUUGUAAACCUUAUUCCUUUUGUCUUUCGUGUGUUUACAGCUUUAUAUACCCGAACACUUUUAUUAACAUUAAUUUUGGUUUUUAUUUAAGUUUUGUUAACUUAUUGCUGUUUUUUUUUUUU